AUGUCGAAGAACCCCGCUGGAGACGGGGACCUCCCCCCCUCAUACAACGAGGCAACGACAUCAUACCACUCGUCAUCGUCACUCAACCCUAAUUCAUCGGUCUCAGCGACUCUCAACAACCUUUCUUCCCUCCUUCGCGAAACACAAGCUCAACAGACCGCCCGGGACACAAUCACAACGACAACCCUUCUUCCGCUCCUCACGCCCCACAUCACGUCACUUUUGACACGUCUAGGGACGACCCCUCACCCACCGAUAUCAACAGAGCUCUACCUCGUACCCGCAGCAGCAGUUGGUCCGGAAUGGAUCAUCGCCUCGGACGCCGACCCAAAGGCAGGGCAGGUCGCGGAAGUCACCCGCGUGGAACCGGAGGCCGACCCCGAUUCCAAGGGAAGGGGUGACACCAGGGGCCAAAGCACCGGCUCAGCCUCACGAAAUGCAGUGGCGGGCUCCUCCUAUGAAUUCGACGAGUGGGGCCGCUGGGAUGACGAUAUCAGCGCAGGAGCAUCGACGUCAAGGGAAGGAAAAUGGUGGUGGAGCGAUGAAGGUUUUGCCCGUCGCCUCGCGAAGCGGCUACAGCCGGAGCCGAAAAUUGACCGCACCGUCAUCCGCGCCGUGGUAGAACAGUCAAAAGAAGAUAAAAAGGCAGGCCGGUGGGGGCUAUUCAGAGCCGGCACCGACCCGUCGUCGUCGCCUUCGUCGUCCUCGUCGGGACCAGCGCCUCCUCGACAGUUUAUCAAGUCCACGUCACCUUCCACAACAAUGGAAGAAAACGUUUCCAUGACGGUGCGCGCGGAGGAAGUCACCUUUCGCCGGGAAAACGAGAUGGGAAUAUGGGAGAGUAUGCGCGGGUUUGGAAUCGUGGUGAGAGUGAGGAUACGAAGGACAUGA